AUGCCCGAUUCAAAAGCAAACGCAAAUCCUAAUUUGGGUCAAAAUCAACCUUCGAAAAUUACUUCUGCUAUUCAUGAUAUGCUUCCUUCGCUUAAACCUCCUGGUGUACAAAAUAUAGAAAAUGCACACACGCGCGCAGGCGGAAGCGCAAAUCAUACACCGGGUUAUGCGUCUACGCUUGGGAGUCAGGAUCAGAGGGGAAGAACGGAUGAGUAUCGUGGGGUUGAUAGUGAGAAGUUUAAAGAGGGGAUUUUGGAUCAGAGGACUGAGCCCUCUGCUCUAGGAAAAGCAUUCCAUAAUAUAAUGACUGGAACGGAUAAGUCAAAGUAA